AUGGUGGGGCUGGGAACUGGAAACCUGGCUAGAGCUGCCCUCAUCAUCCUGCUUCUCCCAGAAAGCCUGGAGCAGUGUGGGCACAUCAGCCUCUCAGCCCCCGUGGUCCACCUGGAGGACCUCGUCACAGCCUCAUGCACCAUCAGUCAGAAAUGCCUCCAGACGGAAUCAAAGUCGAAGAUUCUGUGGAGGUUGGGAAACAAGUUUCAAGCUGGUGACAGACAGCAGAGCCUGCCAGAUGGGAGUCAAGAAUCCACCAUCACUUUUUACCCCCUCAACCACUCCCGGACCCUGCUCUUCUGCUACCUGCUCUGGAGCAAUCAUUCGCAGAUCCUGGACCAGGUUGAGCUGUGGGCAGGCUACCCUCCCUCAGCGCCCCAUAACUUGUCCUGCAUCCUGAACGUCACAACCAACAGCCUCACCUGCCAGUGGGAGCCAGGACCCGAUAGCUACUUGCCCACUAACUUCACCCUAAAGAGUGUUUGGAAUCAGAAUAACUACCAGAUCUCUGAGGUGAUUCUCCCCGACUGUGUGCCUGAGGCCGGGCAGAGCCACUGCACUAUCCCACGAGAACAACUGCAGUUGUACCAGAACAUGAGCCUAUGGGUGCAGGCGGAGAACAUGCUGGGCACCAGCAAGUCCUCACCACUGUGCCUCACACCCAGCGAUGUGGUGAAAGUGGAGCCCCCCACACUGUGGGCCCUGAAGCCACACCCCGAAGCUUUGCCGCCCCACUGCCUGCAGCUGCGCUGGGAAAUAGGGAAGCAGAGCCUGUACAUACGUCAGAAGUGUGAGCUGCGCUACCAGCCCCACCUUGUGGGGGCCAACUGGACUGUGGUGGGCCCCUUGAUCGCCAGUUCUCUCCAGCAUGAGCUCUGCGGACUCCGCGUCUCCACAGUUUACACCCUGCAGAUGCGCUGCACGCGCUGGCCCCUGCCUGGUCUCUGGAGCAGCUGGAGUGCCAGUCUGGAACUGACCACCGCAGAUCAGGUUCCUAUCAUCAGGCUGGACACAUGGUGGCGGCGGCAGAGGCAGCAGAACCCCAGGACAGUGACCAUACAGUUGUUUUGGAAGCCAGUUCCCCUGGAAGAAGACAGCAGUCAGAUCCAGGGAUACCUAGUCUCCUGGCACCCCCCAGGCCAGAAUGUGACAGCCAUAAUUCUCUGCAACACCUCAGCGCUGGGCUGUAACUUCGACUUGCCAUGGCACGUGCGGCAGGUGAAGCUGGUGGCCUACAACUCUGCUGGAACCUCAGCUCCUACCCCAGUGGUCUUCUUGGAGAACGAAGGUCCACCGCUGGCCAGACUCCACAUCCUGGCCCAGGACCCUCACAGUCUCUGGGUGGGCUGGGAGCCACCCAGUCCUCGGCCUCGGGGUUACGUGAUUGAGUGGGGUCUGGCUCCUUCCAGCCCCAGCAGCAGCAAUACCAGCUGGAAGAUAGAACCAAAUGGGAGCAUCACAGGGACCCUCCUGCAGGAGAACAUCAGGCCAUUUCAGCUCUAUGAGAUCACCGUGACUCCCCUAUACCAGGACACCAGGGGUCCCUCCAAGCACAUCUAUGCCUAUUCCCAAGAGACAGCCCCUUCCCAUGCCCCAAAACUGCAUCUGAGGCGCAUUGAAAAGGCAUGGGCCCAUCUAGAAUGGGUACCCGAAGCUCCUGAACCUGGAAAGAGUCCCCUGACCUACACCAUCUUCUGGACCAAUGAGAAGAACCAGUCCUUCUUCUCCUAUCUGAAUGCCUCUGCCAACAAUUGUAUCCUCCGCGACUUGGAACCAGCCAGCUUAUACCAUGUCCACCUGAUGGCUGCCAACCAGGCUGGGACCAUCAACAGCACUGUCCUCACCCUUAUGACCCUGACCUCAGACCUUUCAGAGAUGCACAUCAUCCUAGGCCUUUUAGGCAUCAUGCUACUUUUCAGCUGCCUCUGUGGAGUUUGGUGGUUCUGCUGCAAACACAACAGGAAGAAUCCCCUCUGGCCCACUGUCCCUGACCCAGCUCACAGCAGCCUAGGCUCCUGGGUGCCUCCCAUCACAUCAGAGGAGACCUUCCAGCUGCCUAGCCUUCGAGACUCCGGCACUGCCCCAAUCACCAAGAUCACAGUGCUAGAAGAAGAAGAGAAGAAGCCAGGGGCCCUUGAGCUCCCUGACAACUCAGGGACCUGUAUGCUUCCCACCCUGGUCCAGAGCUAUGUGCUCCAAGGAAACCCCCAAAGUCCUAUACCCCAGCUCCAGCCCCAGCCCAAUCCCAGUGACCCCAUCCUGUAUGGACAGGUGCUGGGCAGCCCCUCUGGGUCAGGGUCAGGCCCAGGGCACUACCUCCGCUAUGACUCCAUGCAGCCCCUUUUGGAGGGUUUCACCCCCAGCCCCAAAUCCUAUGAGAACCUUUGGUUCCAGGCCAGCCCUCUGGGAACCCCAGAACCCCUGGUCCCAAGCCAGGAAGAUGACUGUGUCUUUGGGCCACUGCUUGACUUUCCCCUCUUGCAAGGCCUCUGGAUACAUGGUGUGGAGGAAUUGGGGGCCCACUAG